AUGAAGACUGCUUUCGUGCUCUUCGCUUUGGCCUUCUUGGUUUUCCAGGCAACGGCUAAGCCAAAGCCUGAUGUUUUAGCAGAAGAUGAUGCCCAAAUGCCAGCGGGUGAGUAGAAUUAAGCAAAAACUUAUCCCUCCCCCCUUUCUCUUUCUUUCCCCUCUUCUUGCAAUAGUGUGUCCAUUGUGGUUCCUUCACCUUUCCAAUUUGUUUCUUUUCUCAUGCCCUCAAUCUCCUGCAUCUGCUGGCUUCUACCACUAGGUCUAGAGUUGAAGGGCAUCAUGCAAGGUCCCACAGAUUCUUACAUUAGCUGUUUCCAGAAUCCUGUCUCUUCACCCAGCCAAAAGUCAGUUGAUCUGCACACAAGAAGACACAGUAUAUACACAAGAGCAAUUUGGUCACCACUUUUGUUUAGACGUAUCAGCAUCACUAUUGGUUCUGAAGGAAAGAUGCUGCCACUUUCUAACUUCUCAGUCACUCACCAAACACCCAGGAUGUGCCUUGCAACCACAUUCUGAAUGUCAGAUAUGAGCCCUAAAGCCUUUGAGAGAGCUGCAGAGGUUACAGGAUGACAUGUGUUAUCUAAAAUGGGUCUUGGGAGCCUCUGGCCCAUGCGUCAAAUUAGACCCAUCAGGGAUUCUAAUUUGGGCCCAAAGUCUGUUUUCAUCCAGUCACGGCCACCUGCCCCACACCUGACUUCAUAUAACAUUAGGUGUGGGGCAUGUAAAGCUGCAGCGGCAAAAGAACAACUAGGAAUCUGGUCCUGAUCUUACCUCUACAAAUGAGGACUUCGGCACCCUUUAGUUUUUGCACCAAAUGCAAACCCCAUAGGGAUUAGUUUCACUCGAGAGCUCCUGGUGAGAGCCACCAAGUAAAGAGAACGCCUGAAAGGAGGGGCUUGCUUUCUGGCCUGCUUUCAACAGGAAUCUUUGUAGCCAUGAGCAAGAGACGUGGGUGAUGCUGUGGUUUAAACCACUGAGCCUCUUGGGCUUGCCAAUCGGAAGGUCGGUGGUUUGAAUCCACAUGACAGGGUGAGCUCCUGUUGCUCUGUCCCAGUUAGCAGUUCAAAAGCAUAUCAGCACAAGUAGAUAAACAGGUACCACUGCAGCAGGAAGGUUAACUGUGUUUCCGUAUGCUGUGGCACUCGUCAUGGUGUCCCGUUGUGCCAGAAGCAGUUUAGUCAUGCUGGCCACAUGAUCUGGAAAGCUGUCUGCAGAGAAAUGCCAGCUCUCUCAGCCUGAAAUGCGACAUGAAGGUCACACCCCAUAGUCGCCUUUGACUGGACUUAACCGCCCAGGGGUCCUUUACCUUUACCUGUAACCAUGGCUUGAAUUCAAGCAGAGGAAGCAAAGACUCCAGAGCACUUCUGAGUGUACUUUCAAUCCUUCCCUUUGAUUUGAAUCACCAAUGCUUGGUGAUGGACAGUUGGCCAGCAUCACCUAUCUGUCAAAAGUGGUCCAGUUCUCCCUUCGGCAGCACAUAUACUAAAUUGGAACGAUACAGAGAAGAUUAGCAAAAGUAGUCCAGUUCUGCAUCUCAGCCACUGGCUGCUGGAUCUAGUUUCUUUCAUAUAGACCCAUUCCAAUAUGGCUUCACGUUUGGGCAUGACUUUGGUUACCCUGACGGAUGACUUUUAUCGGAAGUGAUGUGGUUCUAAACCAGAGUUUCACAAACAUGGGUCUCCAGCUGUUUUUGGACUACAAUUCCCAUCUUCCCAAGCCACUGUUUCUGUUAGCUAGGGAUGAUGGGAGUUGUAGCCCCAAAACAGCUGGAGACCCAAGGUUGGGACACCCUGGUCUACUUUCUUGACUCUCCUUAACUUCUCUGUGGCUUUCAGUACCAUGAGAACAGAGGGUUAGGGGCACAACUUUGCAGUGUCUCCACUCCUCUCUUAAGGGCCACCAAGAGGGAAUAGAAUCGGGAUGCUACCAUUUAGACCUAUAGCAUUGACACUGUGCGGUCCCUCAAUGUUCCAUAUUGCCUCCCUUGCUGUUUAACAUUUAUGUGACACCACUGGGAGAUGUUAUCCAGAGAUCGGGAUACCCAGCUCUCUCCCUCCAUUCUAUCUGAAUCAGGAGAAGCUGUGCAGGUGCUGGGCCAGUGUCUGGAGGCAGAUGGGGGUUAAUAAACAGAAGCUGCAUCCUUACAGUUAUUUCUUGGAUAUGAGAAUUUGGAGGACAGUUACCGUAUUCUGGAUAGGGCACCAGACUUCCUGAAGGAGCAAGUGUGCUGCUUGGAGGUGCUCCUUCAUUUUAGAUGGGCAACGAGUGCCUAUGCCCAGUAAUCACUGACAGUCUCCCAUGUAGACUUUAAUGAGCUCUGUGUGGAUCUGACAUUGAAAGUGGUCCAGAAGUUGAGGCUGGCAGAGAAUACUGCAGCCCAGAUGCAAUGGGGCACCAUUGGACAGGAACACAUCCUGCGUUGGCUGCCAGUGAGAGAACAGAUCUGAUUCCAGGUAGUCACUAAGAAUGAUGGAGAAAUUUCAUUCGGUUAGCAGUUAAAGGUUUAACUCCCUAAUUCACACUUUCCUGGAAAAUACACAAAUGGAAACACAGCCAUCCUUCAAAAUUGACACAUUACUCAAUUUUGUUUUUAAAUAUUUUUUAUUAGGGUUUAUAAAGAAAAAUGCAAAGAUUAUCGUCAAAUAUCUUCUCUUUUUUUUGGUCAAAAUGAAAACUUUAAUCUAAAGGGGGCAAAGAAAAAGAGAAUAACAGAAAAUACUGGGGUAAAGCAUGUCUAAAUAGGCACGCACAUAUUAAUGAAAAUGGCAUGCAACAAGUACCAUAUUAUGUAAAAGUGCUUUGGGAAAAUGUCUGUCUUUGCUUGCAAAAUAUGGGUUUAUUAGCUGGUGAAUUUUCAUGAGGACUUUUUAAAAAUAAAAUCUGCAAACUAGUAUGGAAAGAUGGUGAAUGGAACUUUGUUUUUUUGUGGGGGUGGUGGAGGAAAAUGGGGACUUCAGAGAAACUGAAUUUGACCAACUCACCCAAUGUUCUUUGCUGGCAACGAGGCUGAUAUCUUGUUCAGAAAGAAACAAGAUCGCUGACCAUUCUUCAGAGUAGCCUUACCAAAACCUGUGCAGAUGUUUGCAACAGUAAAACCAGCAGCACCCGUGUAGAGGAGAGAAAGUCCAUUGUUAUAUCAUCGUUAUCAUUAAUUUUAUUUUGGUUAGACACUAUUCUUACCGCAUAACUCAAAGAGCGGUUUACAGUAAAACCAACCCCCCCCCAAAAAAAACAAUAAAAAUGAGAACCAAAGCUAACAAAAAAAAGGUGGGAACAUAUAUUAUGCUCUAAUUUGGAAAACUUUACAGAAAAGCAGUGUCCGCUAUGUUAAAGUGAGAUAGGACUAAGCUAAGCCAAAGAGAGGAGAGCUACCUGAUAAGCAUGUUAAGGUCUCUUGCCUUUUCUUUUCUUUCCUGCAGAAGAUGUUCCCCGCCCAAGAAAUGCCAUGGUAUGCAAUGCUAUGGGGGGAAAUUGCCGCUCCGGAUGCUAUGCCAAUGAGAAUCCUGUUGGAAAAUGCUUUGCAAGUAUGUAUUGCUGUGUGGGAUUCCAGUAG